AGAAAAUAGGGAGAGAGGGUUCGCGCCCCUCCAGCCCCGCGACGGCCAUCUGGUAAACACGCACGACGCACGCACGAACGCACGCAUGUAUAUCCCGUGCAUACGGUGGCAUCGUCAUCAGGGAGUCGAAGCCGAGGCGCUUUCACCUUUAUCUGUCUUUAUUAUCUAUCUAUCUGUUCGUCGUCCGGAGCUGAAGGGAAGCGACGCCGAUGUGACAGCGCGAGCGGAGAAUCUGCUAUAUGUUACAAGAGGUUGGGACACUGAUUUAUAUUUGCAAGAUAAAGAGAAGAACAUUUCAAGAGAAAGCGUUUCGUGUAAAAGUCAGUGCGAGAAGAAAGUGGGCAGUGAAUUUAAUUAAGGACAAUACAGAGAGUAAGGAGUGAAAGAGAGUAAGAAACGAAAAUAGUAAAUGCAGUGGCUGCAGAGGAAGCAAUGGAUCCAUCAAUAUUUGUUCCAUAUAAUCCCCAGACAAAUGGAGGAAUACCAUUGGAAUCCAAGCUUGCUACCUACAUGAAUCGUCCAGGUUCUGGCAUAGCAUUGAGCACAAACUCAGUGACCAAGCACUUGUCCAAUCUUUCUCUGGAUUCGCAGAAGAAGGUAACUGCCAGUCCUGAAUUUGUGCCAGGGAGAGGCCUUACAAGUAGCAAUAGCAGCUCGCCGAAUCUCUUUAACAACUCCUACACCCAUUCGCAGGAGAAUGUAGGUGGCACUACAUAUUUUUAUUUUGGAAAUGCAACCAACGAUCAUGUUGUUGGAGCGGAAGAUGGCAGUGAGGCUAUUGGACACGUAGCAGCAGGGCAGAUUGGCUAUAUCUAUCCAGGUACACCAUCGCAUCUGCAACCUGUGAAAACCACGAAACAACCAUCCUCCAAUAAUUCCUCUGCUCCCUCCACCCCACCCCCUCUAAUUGCUCCCAGCUACUUUGUCAGCGAAAGUCUGCGGCUGGAUAUACUGCAGAAGCAUGCAUUGACGUUAGUACAGCCCGAUGUGAUACGAUUUCCCGACUUGCCCAGUGAGGUUGACAGUUACCACGAGUUAUGUCCUUUGGAGCCGAUGCAUAAACCCGCCUCGACGGUUUUGGGAUAUCAAACUUCUACUUACAAGGCCACCAAUAUCAAGACUGGCACGCGAUACUGUUUACGUCGUGUGCACGAUUUCCGACUCUCCACAAACACAAAAUGUAUGGUGCUGGUUGACAUGUGGAAGCGGCUAUCGCACACGAAUCUAGUUCAGCUGAAAGAAGUCUUCACCACCAAAGCGUUCGGUGAUCAUUCCAUGGUUUUUGUCUACGAUUAUCAUCCCGCUUCGGAGACGUUGCUGAAUAAACAUUUCGCCUCGACCGAGCUCAAUGGUUACACCGACCCAUUCUCGUCGGAUCCCAAUGCGCCACGGCCUUACAGUCACACCAAAAACACUAUUCUGAGGCAACAGCAUAGCAGUAUGCUGGCGGAAAGCGUUAUUUGGAGCUAUAUCAUUCAACUCACUGCCGCAUUUCGCGUUAUUCACGCUGCUGGCUUAGCGUACAGAUGUUUAGAUCCCACUAAGGUACUACUUACAUCACGGACGCGACUUCGUUUGAGUUGCGUCGCCAUUCCAGACGUGGUCACUUUAGACGGGAACACGACGAAUCCACUCACUCUCAUCCCGCAUUAUCAGCAAGAGGAUUUGGUAGCACUCGGCAAGCUGGUCUUGGCGCUGGCAUGUCGGAGUCUCAUCGCCGUCCAUCGCGACAAUAUGUCAGCCUCCAUCGAGCUGAUCACACGUUCCUACUCCACUGACCUUCGAAAUCUUAUUCUAUAUUUGCUGUCAAGUCAACCCCGUAAGAGCGUGACGGAUCUCAUGCCGAUGAUUGGUGCGCGAUUCUAUACGCAGCUAGAUGCCGCCCAGUUACGAUUGGACGUUAUAGAGAACGAAGUUGCCAAGGAAAUAGAGAACGGACGACUAUUCAAGUUGCUGGUCAAACUAGCAACCAUCAACGAGAGGCCGGAGCUUAAUAUGGAACCUACAUGGGCGGAGACAGGCGAUCGCUACAUGCUCAAAUUGUUUAGGGACUACGUGUUUCAUCAAGUAACAGCCGAUGGCAGGCCCUGGUUGGAUCUGGCGCACGUCGUAGCUUGUUUAAAUAAGCUCGAUUCCGGCUCGCAGGAUAAGAUAUGUCUCAUGUCUCGAGACGAGCAAAGUGUUUUGGUGGUAAGUUACGCGGAGUUACGACAGUGUCUGGAAACGUCAUUUGGAGAACUGGUACAAUCUACAAAAGAUGCUGUUUAAGAGAGCGUCCUCGAUAGCGCAUACUCCGAACCAUAAUUGUGAUAUCGUCACUUAGCGGUACUAUCAUUUUACUCUUUAUCGAGUUAUACCGGAGAGUGAGAACUGUCGAAUUGUUUGCUUGGUGAUAAAAAACGCGCAACUCAGUUUUGUAUACAUGAUUUUGCUCGUCGAAUCAAUUAGGUAUGACCGCAUCAAAUGCGUUGCAUUUAGGAGGUAAGACGUUAAAUUUUUCGGGUUUUUUUUUUAUAAAUGUUAAGGAUCUAUAGUCCUUAAGUCUCUUUGGGUUUCUUUAUCCAGUUUGAAUCUUGGAGUCUUUAGACUUUGGAAUUCUUGUGUAUUAUAGACUCGUGUCGAAUCGCUCGGAUUUCAAAAUCCUUUUAUCGGAUUUUGCAAUCCUUGAAUCUUCGAGUCUUCGAAUUCUUGCAUCUAUCGAUUCUGAGAUCUCUCUUUGGAGUUUUGAUCUCUCUUAAAGAUGUAGGUUCGAAGGAGGGGGGGGGGGGGGUAAUCAUGUGAUUUUGCGAAUCGGUUAAGAUUUGGAUUCGCACUAUAAAAACCCAUUACGGUACUAUAAAAGGAAAAAAACAAACUGUACACAACUUAACAAUGCAGUAAAUUCUUAAGGGAUUUUCUUAAGACAACACCUAAACACAAUCGGUGUCUAGGAUAGAGACCUUAGUUUUUAGGAUACAAGCAUUAAUGGUAAGCAUUAAUUUUGAAAUAAAUGUUUAUUUUUGAAAGCAAUCCUAA